UUAAGCCAUGCUUUUUGCUUGCAAACAAGUAACAUUUAACGCCUCAGAUCUGGAACUCCGCGCUGUCGCCAUUUUCAGGAGGCCGUCCUGCGCUGGCGUUUCACGGAUUGAAAUCUGGAUAUUAAAGGCUACGGGACUAGAAUCAGAUUGUAUUCGAGCUGUAACGGAGGACAUCGUCCACCAAACUACUUGACAACCGUCCACCAAACUACUUGACAACGAACCGAACUCACUCAAAACAAAAGCAAGACGUACAGAGAAAAUACUAAGGAAAUAUUCAGUGAUUCAGAAAAUGAGUUUCGGGGCGAGCUCCUGAAUCAGCGUUGGACUCGAGGCGAGAGGAUCAGCCGCUGCCAGCCCACACAGAGGCUGCAGAGUAGACCAAUCAAAAUGAGUGUGGAGAGUGAUGACACGCGAAGCACACGCUCCAAGGGAAUCAGAGUUCCCACCGAGCUCAUUGGACAAGAGCUGAGUGUGCUGGGCUGCCCAUUGGUCAGGAAGAGACGUCUGGCGGAUGCUGAGGCAGAGCAGGAGCAGCCAUCUUCUAAAAGGAAGUCCCACCCUCUAAAGCUGGCCAUGGAUGAGGGCUUCAGCGUGGACAGUGAUGGGAGCAGCGAGGAGGAGGUGGAGGGGGAGGCCAGGGAGGAGGAGGUGGAGGGGGAGGCCAGGGAGGAGGAGGUGGAGGUGGAGGCCAGGGAGAAGGAGGUGGAGGGGGAGGCCAGGGAGGAGGAAGAGAAGACAGAGGAACAACCACAGGCACAGCAGGAAGAAAAACCGGAGGACGAGCAGGAGGAAGAGGAGGAAGAGGAGGAGAACGUGACAGAGCAGAAAGAGGAGAGCAUAGAUUCAGAUGAAGAAGAAUGCAUGAUCAUUGAGCCAGGAUCCAGUAAAACAACAUGUAAAGCUGAGGAGGGGGAAUGGCCUGAGAGAGCGGAAUACUCCAGCUACCAUCAGAUCCUAGCCAACUCUCUACUGUACCUGGGCAGGGUCCCCGACACCGCAGAGACCACCUCACAGGCGCACGUUACCAUGGAGACAGAGAAGGAUAUCACAGCUGUGGAGCACGCCACUGUGGCAGUGGAACACCUAGUAGAGGAGGAGGAGGAGGAAGAGGAGGAAGAGGAGGAGGAGGAAGAUGAGAUUGAGGAGACUAGGGAGGCUGUGACACAGAGAACCUUUGAGCACCCGUAUUUCACUGGAGACAUUCACCAGCAGCAGGACAAGGCUGAGGAAGACGAGGAGGAGGAAGAGUAUGAAGAGGAGAGGAGAGAAGCAGAGCACCAGCCACAGGAGAUCCUGGAUGAAGAGGAGGAGGAAGAUGACAUUGAGGAGGUGGAUGAGAGAGUGCACCAUGUCGUCCUGCCCACCUCUAACUCCAUUAGCAGCAAUGCAGCAGCUCAGGGACCAGCCACACAGGGGGACAGGACUACAGAGCACUACAUGCCCAAAAGGACCAGCCUCCUCGAAAACUACAACACCCACAGGACCAGCCUCCUGGAGAACUACAACCCCCACAGGACCAUUCCACUGGAGAACUACAAUCCCCACAGAGUCAGCCCCUUACAGCACUACAUCUCCCAUAAGGCCUCAGCAGCCUCUGACAUAAUCGAGGUGCGCUCAGAGGAUUCGGGAAAGGACUAUGAAGAUGAAGAUGGUGAUGAGGAGGAGGAGGAGGAGGAAGAUGAUAGUUUGUCUCAGAGGUGGACGGAUGAGUCAGAAACGUAUGAUAUGACCCGGGGAAAUCUGGGGCUCCUGGAGCAAGCCAUCGCCCUGAAGGCAGAACAGGUGAAAGGGCCUCACGACCUCCUCCUCCUCCGUCACCCCGCUGUCACCCCGGAGCUCCACCACCGCUAUUUCAGCAUGGACGACCGGCCCAAACACCUGAACGCCAUGCGCAACAGCUGCUUCAGCAGCAAAGCUGUCUCUGUAGAGGGCAGCAGGCCAGAGAAGAGGGAGAUCAAAUGCCCCACCCCUGGCUGUGACGGGACUGGUCAUGUUACUGGACUCUACCCCCACCACCGCAGCCUGUCUGGUUGUCCACACAAGGACAGGAUCCCUCCUGAGAUCCUGGCCAUGCAUGAGAAUGUGCUGAAGUGUCCUACUCCAGGCUGCACUGGACAGGGUCAUGUUAACAGCAACCGUAAUACCCACCGCAGUUUGUCAGGAUGCCCCAUCGCAGCCGCAGAGAAGCUGUCCAAGAGCCUCAACCUUGACAAGCAGCAUCUCUCCCAGCCAAUCAGAGAGCACCUCAAAGAAAGUCCCAACAACAAUGACCGAGUCCUCAGGCCCAUGUGUUUUGUGAAGCAACUGGAGGUGCCUCAUUAUAGGCAGUACAGGCCCAACAUGAUACCCACCACACCUCGUGCCAGCCUGGCCAAGGAGCUGGAGAAGUACUCCAAGGUCUCCUUUGAUUAUGCAAGCUUCGACUGUCAGGUGUUUGGAAAGCGUGUGCUUGCAUCAAAUAUACCGACCAGCGAAACCUCACCCAAAGCCUUCAAAUCUAAAGUCUCGUCCCCAAAGUCUUCUUCUCCCAGCCUCAGCCUGCAUGGAGGUUAUGGAAAGACAGCCUCCUCUUCUGCCUAUGACUACUCCCAUGAAGCCCAGGCAGCCCACAUGGCCGCUACAGCCAUCCUCAACCUGUCCACGCGCUGCUGGGAGAGGCCUGAGAACCUGAGCACCAAGCACCAGGACCUGGCCAGCAAGGACAUCGGGGUGGAUGAAAAUGGCACUCUGGACCUGAGCAUGAAGAAGCCCGUCAAACGAGAGGGUACCAGCCCAGGGUUGUGUUCCCCGGACCCCUCCUCCUCCUCUUCCUCCCUGCACCACGGAGGCAGCAGUGGUAUGACCUCGCCCCACACAGGCCACGCCUACAAACAGGAACAGUGGGAGGAGCCUCUGGACUACACGAAACCCAACCGCCAGCGAGAGGAGGAUGUAGAGGAGCUGGAGCACCACACAGCGCGGUCGUUUGCCUCGUCCGACCCUGAGGACAUGGACCUGAUGCAGGACUACCCCCAGGAGAGGAAGUACCCUGGAGAGGUCACCACCCCAAACUUCAAGGUCCAGUUCCAACAACCCAAGGACUGCAAGAAAGACCUGCUCCUGUGCCCCACUCCUGGCUGUGACGGCAGUGGCCACAUCACUGGAAACUAUGCAUCCCAUCGCAGUCUGUCUGGCUGUCCUCUUGCUGAUAAGAGUCUUCGUUCCCUCAUGGCGGCCCACUCUGCUGAGCUCAAGUGCCCCACUCCAGGAUGUGAUGGUUCAGGACAUAACACUGGAAACUACGCCUCCCACAGAAGUUUGUCUGGGUGCCCCCGUGCCAAGAAAGGUGGAUUAAAAACAUCUCCCACCAAGGACGACAAGGAGGACUCCGAGCUCUUAAAAUGCCCCGUGCCAGGCUGUGACAGCCUGGGUCACAUCAGUGGGAAGUACGCCACUCAUCGCAGUGCCUAUGGGUGCCCGCUAGCUGCCCGCAGGCAGAAGGAGGGGAUGCUCAACGGUAACCCAUUCUCCUGGAAGGCCUUCAAGACGGAGGCCCCCAACUGCCCCACCCCCGGCUGUGAUGGAUCAGGACACGCCAACGGCAGCUUCCUCACACACCGCAGUCUCUCUGGCUGUCCCAGAGCCUCCUUUGCCAGAAAGAAAGCCAAGAUCCCUGGAGAUGAAUACCUGAGCACCAAGUUCAGGGCCAGCGACGUUCUGAACAAUGACGAGGACAUCAAGCAUCUCAACAAGGAGAUCAAUGAGCUCAACGAGACCAACAACGAGAUGGAGACAGACAUGGUGAACCUGCAAACACAGAUCUCAUCCAUGGAGAAGAACCUGAAGAACAUUGAGGUGGAGAACAAGCUGAUUGAGGAGCAGAACGAGACGCUCUUCAUGGAGCUAUCUGGCCUCAGCCACGCCCUGAUCCGCAGCCUGGCCAACAUCCGCAUCCCACACAUGCAGGAGCCAAUCACUGAACAGAAUUUCGACAGAUACGUGAGCACCCUGACUGACAUGUACACCAACAAGGAGUGCUUCCAGAACCCGGAGAACAAGGCUCUGCUGGAGAGCAUCAACAAGGCUGUGAAGAGCAUCAAGGUGUGAAAACCUCCACGAGGAAGAAGAGUGAAAACACCUAAAAGGAGAGAGUUGGCGUCAAGAGACUAGAGUAUAUUUAAAGAGAAUACGAAUACAAAAAGGGCAUUCAGGUUUUAUAAAUGGCAACUUAAAUUAAACCCAGGGAGCAUUCUGUAAAGAAGAAAACAUAACUAGGACCAAAAUCCAAACAUGCUGCUGCUGGGAUCGGAAGGAGGAAGUGGAAUGGAACCAAAUCCUUCGGGUUUGAAUUGAUGUUUUGUUUCUUUGUUUUAUGUUACCUUCAUCGUUUUCAUGUAUGUCCUGUUUUGGAGGUAUCUCUGUUUUUGGGGGUAUCUCUGUUUUUGGAGGCAUCUCUGUUUUGGAGGCAUCUCUGUUUUGGAGGCAUCUCUGUUUUGGAGGUAUCUCUGUUUUGGAGGUAUCUCUGUUUUGGAGGUAUCUCUGUUUUGGAGGUAUCUCUGUUUUGGAGGUAUCUCUGUUUCGGAGGUAUCUCUGUUUCGGAGGUAUCUCUGUUUCGGAGUUAUCUUUUUGACUGUCCCAAUUCAUACUGUAAUUCAAGGUUUAGUUCAGCAACAAUUUGGAGAAGAAAGAAAGAAAGAAUGAAGGAUAGAAGUAGUGGUAUGAUGCCAGAUAAGACAGAAGGUAUGACCUGCAGACAUGAGGUGAAGAAGACACACUGGAAAACUGUCCACAUUGUGUCCCAGAGAAGAUAUGAACGCUUCAGAAAUGUUGUUCUGGGGCAGGAUAAGGUGAGAGUGCUUGUGGAUGAGUGGGUACUGUGUGAUACUGAGCACUACAGCACUCCUAUUGUGUAGAAGUGAAUGGAGAAUCCCUGAACUCUGGGGUCUUCUUGAGCAAUGGUUCAUGUGCUUAGUGUUGUUACUGCAGCAAGAUGUCAACAUGACUCCAUGUCUUGUCUCAAUUCAGAGGAAAACAGCUCUUCAAGCGAAUCACUGGUUUCUUUUUCCUCUUUUGAAAAUCACCAACCUUCUCUAUAUAUCUGAUGGAGGAUCUGAGAGCAACAGAUACAGCCUUCUUUCUUUGAACUGAACGGUGAUGGUAAUGGAGUGCACACUUGUCUAUUCCUGUUAGUUUGUGGUACAAUAUUUAUUGUUAUAGAAAUUAUUUACAUUUGUGAAUAUGCAAAUUGUAAUGUAUUGUCAUUUUAUGUGUAUUUAUUUGAUUUGGUCUAUUUAUUUAAAAACAAAAUUAAAUGUAUAUUUAGUAAAUCAAAAAAUGCAACCCUGCUGGUCGAUCAUGCCAUAAAGAUUCAAAAUAGGGAGUCUUCUACAUCAAUAUUUAAAAAGCUAUUUAGACAACUGUCCACACUUGAUUAUUUUAUAUAUCUUAUUUUAUUUUAAAUCAUUUGUAAACAUUUUUAAUUGCAAAUAUUUUAUAAAUGACAAUGUUUUGAUAAUUUUCUAAAGGUUUUCUCCUUCGUUUAUGUUAUUUCUUUUAUCUGUAUCUUCAGAUACCCACGGCUUAAAAAGAAACUAUGUAUUUAUUAUUUAUUUCAUAUUAAAUAUUGAUAUGAUUGUAUAUUUA